CUGACAACCUAUGUCCUUUGAAAUUUAGAAAACACUAGACGCAUAUACGCAUAUGUAUAUAUUACGCGCAGUUUUUAAUUAAGCGCCGUCUUUAUCAUCUAAUUACAAGGUUAAAGUUUAAUUGACGUGAAGUAUUUUAAGAAGUUGUGCGAUUUUACGGAAAUUAUAUAUAAAUGUAGAAAAUUUUUCUGUAUUCUACAGAAUAAUUUUUGUAUUGAAAUAUAUUUUUUUCAAAAUGCCAUAUGCAAAUCAACCAUCUGUGCACAUAUCAGAUUUAACCGAAGAAAAUGUAAAAUUUCAGGUAGAAGACACAGAAUUAAGUGUAGCAAAUAGUAUGAGAAGAGUAUUUAUUGCUGAAACACCAACAAUGGCUAUUGAUUGGAUACAAUUAGAAGCAAAUUCAACAGUUUUAAGUGAUGAAUUUUUAGCACACAGAAUAGGAAUGAUACCUUUAAUCAGCGAUGAUGUUGUUGACAGGAUACAAUACACCAGAGAUUGUCAAUGUAUGGAUUUUUGUCCUGAAUGUAGCGUCGAAUUUACUCUUGACGUGAAAUGUACAGAAGAUCAAACAAGGCAUGUUACAACCGCUGAUUUUAAAUCAAGUGAUCCGAGAGUAUUACCUGUUACAUCUAGACAUAGAGAAGAUGAUGCUAGUGAAUAUGGAGAAACUGAUGAAAUUUUGAUCGUAAAAUUACGAAAGGGACAAGAAUUAAAACUUAGAGCUUAUGCAAAGAAAGGAUUUGGAAAGGAGCAUGCAAAAUGGAAUCCAACCGCUGGUGUUAGUUUUGAAUAUGAUCCAGAUAAUUCAAUGAGGCACACUUUGUUUCCAAAACCAGAUGAAUGGCCAAAAUCAGAAUAUAGUGAACUAGAGGAAGAUCAAUAUGAAGCACCUUUCAAUUGGGAGGCAAAACCAAAUAAAUAUUAUUUUAAUGUAGAAAGUAGUGGAGCAUUAAAACCAGAAAAUAUUGUAAUGAUGGGUAUUGCUGCAUUAAAAAACAAAUUAUCAAAUUUACAGACUCAAUUGAGUCAUGAAGUACAAAGCGAUGCUUUAAGUAUUCACCAUUAAAUAAAUUCAUUAAAUAGUUAUAAUGUUUUUUCUUAUCAGUGUCAAAAAUUAUUUCAUCUGUGCUUAUGACAAGUAAUAAUACAAAUGUUAGAAAUUAUUCGUUGCAAUAAAUUCCUCAACCAUUUCCGAAUUUUA